UCCCCCCCUCUGCCGCCUCCCCACCGCCUUUCCUUCCUCUCUUUUUGCUUGCCUUUCUACUCUGCCCGCUGUCGAUCUCCAACAACCUCCCUUCUACCCCUUCCGCCCUGCCUCGCCCGUUCUUUCCUGCUCCAAGACGGCGCCAAGAUGCCAAGCAAGGCUGCAUAAAUCCCUAUAAAUUUCGACGACUGUGCCACGCUCAUCUGCGACUACAAAGCCUGCCCAUCCCCGCGUAGACGAACUCUGCCCUUCACCAGCGAACCUCUCUUCUUCCCCACCGUCGCCCUUCCCACUCACCAGCCAUGUCCUCCGUCGCCAACUUCAUGCCGGCCGCGUCCUACCCGUCCAUAUCGUCGCUCGUCGUUGACCACGCCUCCGCCGGAUUCGCCGCCGCAGCCUCCUCUUCCUCUACCUCGCCGACCUCGUCCACGGCAUCAGUCGCCACCUCGUCCUCCGGUGGACGGCUCUCGACCACCUCCUCCUACUCCUCUGCCGCAAACUCCCCGACCUACAAGCUUGCCCAGGACUCGACCUCACCUGCUGCUGCUCAGUCGUCCUCGGGCUCGUCAGCUCAGUCUGUCCGCCAGCCGGCCUCGCCCUCAGACGGCCUUUCCUGCCAGUGGGGCGCCUGCUCAGAGACCUUUGCCUCGGCUGAGGACCUCUACAACCAUCUCUGCGACCACCAUGUCGGCCGCAAAUCUACAAAUAAUCUCUGUCUGACCUGUGCCUGGGGUUCCUGCCGUACCUCGACCGUCAAGCGCGACCACAUCACGUCCCACUUGCGUGUCCACGUGCCGCUCAAACCUCACCGCUGUGAUUUCUGCUCAAAGCCGUUCAAGCGCCCUCAAGAUCUGAAGAAACACGUCAAGACACAUGCCGACGACUCUGCCUUUUCCGACAACUCUCGUCCGCACCGGUCAUCGCAGGUCUCGGGUGCCGCGUGGAAUGCUCGCGAGAGCUCGUCGUCGUCUAAUGAGGAGUACUCGACUUACACUGUCGGCUACUCGCACUUGCCUUUGCCCAACCCCGACAACGCGCACCAGCAGAGCCAGCACUACUCUAUCCCUGUCUCCCAUCACGACAACACUGGUUUCUAUGUGCCGCCUUUGGCCACCCAUCAACAACCGCAGCAGCAGCAGCAGCCUCAGUAUGCCUCCACAGCUUCUGGCGUCCCGCCCAGUUAUCAGCACGAGUAUGCUCCUCCCCCGUUUGCAGGCCUUCAUGGAGACAUGCCCCGCAAGCGUGUGUUUGAUGCCGCCAACGAUUUUGUCGAAGAUGUGAAGAGACACCGUGUUGCCCCAGUAUACGGACAGGAUAUGGCAUCCCGUCUUUCGGCCUUGGAGGCCUUGGUCGGAGUCGUGCCGCCGUCUACCGAGUACGCUGGUAACUAUCAGUCGCAGAACCACUCGCACUACCCGCUCCCGCUUUCGCAGAUCUCGCAGCCGCCGGCUCAGCACCCGACGACUCUUCCUGCUUUGAAGACGAAGCAGGAGAUGCUUGAGGCCGAUCACUUCCUCAACCAGCUCUCGACCUCUCUGUACAGCUCUUCGUCCCACCCUGCUCCGCUGCAGUCGUCGUACUCGUCAAUUUCUGCGCCUUCCGGUCCGCACCCACAGCACCAGCAGCCGCUGAUGUCGAGCUCGUCUGCGCAGACGCAGCCGCUGCAGCCUGCGUCGUUCACCCCGAUCAGCAAUUCGAGCCCGCACCUAACUCCCUACGCCUCGAUCCAGGUGCAGUCCUCCUCCGGUCUGUAUCCCUCGCUUCCCGCGGUUGUCGGCACCGAGCACCAUCAAUCCUACCCUUCGAUCGGCUCGCGCUUCGACAUCGAUCCUACUCGUCGGUUCUCUGUCGGCGCUCUGCAGAAGUCUGCUGUUAAGGACGCCAAGGCCGCACCUGAGGAGGAGAGUGAGCGCCAAAUUGACGAUCUGGUCGAGGGCAUCAACAGCAAGCUUGAUCUUAGCAAAUCUGACAAGGCUGACUUUGAGCUCUCUGAUCGGCAGCGAAAGAUGCAUAUCCUCGUCAUCGAGCGUCUUCGCACUGUUGUUCGCAACAUGAUGGUCUCAAUCGAUGUUUAAGUGCUAGUUUUUCGGUUUAUCUUUCUUUUUUCAAGACGAUCUUUACAUUGUGGGUUAUGGGAUUUAGGAUAGGAUGGUUUUUCGUGUAGUGCAAUCAGUUUUUAGGAGUAAAAAAGGGUUCUAGUUUGGCGUUGAAUUCUUCAGAUGUAUAUUCGAUUUAUAUGCGAUUAUUUAAGGAAAUAUGUGUUUGAAGAGUGUUUAUAUUGAAUAUGUCUCGGUCUUUGGAUUUUGGUUAUGUGAUUAGUCGAUUUUUCCACUGUAUUAUUAUUGUUUAUCGUUUUCUUCUGGAAAUAGUAGUCACCAAUCGCUAUAAAUAUUUUCUAACUGCAUUUUUGCCACUUUUUUUUUCUAUUUUU